GGUAGAGGGUAGCAGAGCGCCCCGCGGCGCAUGCGCACUGGCGCUCCGGAACCGCCCGGCGCCGUUUCCCGUGAUCCAACGGCCCCGGCGGCGCCGGUGAUUGGUCAGACGCGCCGUGAGGUAUUUUUUUUUUGCCGCUAUUGGCUGUCGGGCGGCUUGGGGCGGGGCCGGGCGCGGCAGCGCCGGGUGGGUCGCGAAGAUUGACGUGUCGGCCGCGGCCCGAGCGGCCGUUGUGGGCGGGGCUGGCGGUGACGCGGCCGCUCCUGGCAGCCAAUGGGCGCGCCCGGGAGGAGAGUUUGAAUUGGCGGAGGGAGCGGGGGGCCGCAGAGCGGAGCGGCCGCCAUGAGGAAAAGCGAGGUGCUGGCGGCUGAGGCCGUGUCGUGCCUGAACCGAGCCAUGGCGGCACUGCGGGACAUCUGGGAGGAGAUCGGCAUCCCCGAGGAGCAGCGCCUGGAGCGCACCGACGUGGUCAAGAAGCACAUCAAGAGUCUCCUGGACAUGAUGGUUGCGGAGGAGGAGAGCCUGAAGGAGCGGCUCCUGAAGAGCAUUGCCCUGUGUCGGAAGGAGCUUGACACCCUCUGCAGGGAGCUCCAGCUGGACCCCUUGGAGGCAGAGGAAGAAAGCACCAUUCUACAGAUGGAGAAGAAUUUGCGGACCCGUGUGGAAGUGAUGUUAAAGCAGAAAAGGGAUAGGAAGCAGGAGCUGAAAACCCUGCAAGAACAAGACCGAGACUUGUGCGACAUCCUCUGCACAACCCCGUUCUGCAUCGACAGCAAUGCCGUGCCCAGCCUGGAGGACCUGGACCGUUACAGGCGCCACUUGGCCUCCCUGACCAUCGAGAAGGAGCAAAGGCGGGAGGAGUUUGUCAGCAGCAAGCGGAAAAUCAUCCUCCUCAUGGAGGAGCUGGACCACACUCCGGACACAAGCUUUGAGCGGGACGUGGUGUGCGAGGAUGAGGAAGCUUUCUGUUUGUCCACGGACAACAUUGCUGCCCUCCAGAAUCUGAUGCAGCAGCUGGAAGCCCAGCGAUCCCUGAACGAAGCUGUGUGCACAGAGCUGCGCUCCAGAAUUGUUGCGCUUUGGGAAAGGCUGCAACUUCCUGCGGAGGAGAGGGAGUCUUCUGCAGUGCAUCUGGCUGGGUCCAAAGCCAAAACCAGGAAAGCUCUGCAGUUGGAAGUGGACCGUCUGGAGGAGAUGAAGCUGCAGAACAUGAAAUCGGUGAUUCAGGCAACCCGGGCAGAGCUGGCUGAGUACUGGGACAAAUGCUUCUACAGUCAGAAGCAGAGGGAAGGCUUCAGCCCCUAUUAUGAUGACGACUACACAGAGACCCUGCUUGAGCUCCACGAUGCUGAGGUGGUGAAGAUGAAGAACUACUAUGAAACGCACAAAGAUCUGUUUGAGGCUGUCCAGAAGUGGGAGAAGAAUUGGAAGCUGUUCCUGGAGCUGGAGAGGAAAGCAACUGACCCCAGUCGCUUCACCAACCGUGGGGGGAAUCUGCUGAAAGAAGAGAAGCAGCGAGCAAAGCUGCAGAAGAUGCUUUCCAAGCUGCAGGAGGAGCUGGAGAGCAGGGUCCAGGCCUGGGAGGAGGAGUGCGAGGGGUCUUUCCUGGUGAAGGGCCAGCAGUUCAUGGAGUAUGUGACGGAGCAGUGGCAGCUGUACCGCCUGGAGAAGGAGAAGGAGAAACAGGAGCGGCACCUGAAGAAAAGCCGCCAGACUGAGACAGAGAUGAUGUACGGAAGCACCCCGCGGACACCCAUCAAGCGUCGGGUGCUCGGCCUCCACACUCCUGGCAAAGUAAGGAAGCUCAAUGGCACUUCCAUCUCCAGCGCCACUCCCAACAGCACCGUUCGUUCAGCUUUUGGGGGAACCAUCUACCACUCGCCAACGUCUCGGUUGCCACCUUCCGGAGGGAAGCUUGGCCAGGCUCGGACCCCCAGCCGCCCAGCUGUGAAGCCCCCCCGUCCCGGACACAGGGAGCAGAACAAGGAGAACAUGUCCCAGCUGCACGGAACCACCCUGAGCGGUGGGUGCACCCCCAGAGCCCCUGCCCAGCGUAACCACAGCGUUAAUUCUGUUGCCAGCACCUAUUCUGAGUUUGCGCGCGAACUUUCAAAGGCUUCCAGAUCUGACAGUAGCUCCCGCAUCCUGAACUCCACCACCACCCACGCCUUCUGCUGAGGAGCUGCCUGCCAGGCUCCAGCUGCUCCCAGUUGUAGUGAGUCACUGCUCAGGCAGUGUUACGCAGCUCCCCCCGCCCCCCCAGGCCUCCCUUGCUCUGGGAUUAACUUUUACCUGGGUCCCGGGCCAGGCUGGUGCUCUGGGGGGUGGGGUGCCCUGCCUGACAGGGUAGGGUGUGAAAGGGGCACUUUUAAAAAUUUGCUUUUAUUUAGGGAAUUCUUGCAAAUGUUUGUGAUUAAAGAUUUGAGUACACGGUCGCGUUAGGGUAGCGCAGUGGUGGGUGCUGGCUCCUGCCGCAGCCCAGCUGGCUGGGGUGGGCGUUGGUGCUCGCUCACAGGGGCUCUGCCUUGCUGAGCAUGCUGUGGGACAGGCAGGACCCACCCCAGACCUGGCUUCGGUGCCUUUCCUUACAGGCUCUUUUCCCCUCCAUUUUUGAAGCUGUUGUCUACCCGCAUCUUCCUUCCUCACCAUCACAGCAGGCUGGUUUUAGUGGGGGCUUGCUUUAGGGGAGGUGCCUGUAGCAGGCUCUGCUUGACCCCAGAGUCCUGGGCUCACUCCGCGUGCGGUGCCCGAGGGUCCUGUCUCUCCCUGAUGGGCUGGGGGGCCCCGGGAGGGAGCAGCAGGCACCAAACCUGACCAGGCAUCCUCCUGGCUCUACACCUUGUGCCCUGCUGCUCGUGGGGCAGAGCAGGCACGUGUUACUAGCGAGGAAGGGAGCUGUGCUGGGACAAGGCUUCUCUCCAGCCCUUGGGAGGGGGGGCGACUUGUCCUACCCCCAGGACCUGCUCCCCACCGUCCAGCGCUGCCCUCCCUCGCCCUUCGCUCCGGCCGAGGACAGCGAGCCCAGCACUUUGGUGGUCCGACACAGCCCUGGGCAGGAGGGGCCUGGUUGCACCUUUGUUAACGAAGCUCUGUCUGCAUGCCUGUCCCUGAUCAUGGCUAACUUGCACCUUGUUAUCACUACAGUCCCCCACUUGCUGUUAUUUAUUCUCCAGGUUCUGUCUCCUCGCUCUGUAACUCUGUAUAUACUGUUCAUGGGAAUAAUACGUAUCUGUGUAUAUAGCUGCUGCUGUUUGUGUGUCUGUGAGGUCACGCAGGGCUUUAAGCCACAACUGGCUCCAGAGGGGCUGGGGGAAGCUGGGCCCGUCCUUUGUACACAGCACCAAGCACCACUGCAGCCCUUAUAGAAAAGCAGAUGUAUGUAAUAAAUGUGUUUGGCCUUCCC